CUCUUCCGGUUGUCGUCUGUUCGUGUGGCAGAUUAACCUCCUUAAAGAUGGCAAAGUCAAAGAACCACACAACUCACAACCAAUCUCGCAAAGCCCACAGAAACGGCAUCAAAAAGCCCAGGACUUAUCGCUGCGAGUCACUGAAAGGGGUUGACCCCAAGUUCCUGAGGAACAUGCGUUUCGCUAAGAAACACAACAAGAGGGGCAUGAAGGCAGCAGCGAAGGCAAAGGCGGCGGCGGCGGCCGCAGCACCGGCACCAGCGCCCGCGGAGAAAUAAGCCACUCUCCUGUCACCUUUGUAAUGUCAACGUUCCAGACUGCCACCAUCAUCACAAUAAAGCAAUGCUUUAUUAACAAAUCAA